UGGAGGCCACAAUCCAUUCAUUUGCAUAUAUUUUAUUGCUAAUUGUUAUUUUAACGAAAUCGCUGUUGCACAUCGCGUCGUGCUGUGAGAAGAGACAGAAAAAAGAAAAUAAAAAAUAACUAAACAUAUAUUUUUUUGUUGAAAACGCAAAAACACGUACUAUUAUAAUUUAAUUACAACGCAUUAAAUAACUGUGAAAAACACGAAGGAAUAGCAACGACGGAAUACACACAUCAAAGCCCAAGUCUGAUUUGGUGCGAAAUAGUUUUUUUUUCUAUUGAAAAGAAAACAGAAAGUUCAAAGAAUUACUUGAAAUUGUUUAUUUCAAAUAUAUUUUUUUAAGUAAAUUAGUAUUCAAUUUUAGCUGAAAAAAGCAGCGCCAGCCGCAAACAUGUUUCAUAAUAAAUCAACGGCGAUAUUUUUACUUUUGUCAUCGGCUUGCUUAAUUACAGCAGCUCAAAUCAGUGUUAAUUUGAGUCAAGCCGAAUUGCCCUCGAGCGUAGAGCCCCUUUUACCUGAAAAACAUAAAACAACGAUCACCACCUCCACUACAACACCAUCAACAACUACACCCACAACCAGCACUACUACUACCACCACAACCACAACGACAACUACAACUCCAGCUCCUACCACAACUCCAGCUCCUACCACAACUCCUACUACUACUAGUAGUACAACGUCUGCUCCUAUCACAACUACCCCAGCACCUAAACCCUUCCCAGAGCCCGAUAUUGUAACAUGGAAUUCCUCCUGCAUUAUGGUAAAAAUGGCCGCCCAAUUGAACUUUACCUACGAAACCAAAGAUAACAAAAUUGCCCGUGGUCUUUACAACAUACCCAAGAAUGCCGUAGUUGAUGAUCAACAUUGUGAAAUGAAUACCACACAAUUUUUGCAAAUUAAUUGGGGACCUGAUAAGGCCCAACAUAUAAUGCUCAUGCAAUUCGAUCGUGUCAAGACCACCGCCAAUAUGACCAUGAUUAUGUUCACAUUGCCAUUGUUGAGUGCUGAUUUCCCAAAUGCUAAGGAAAACCAAACCAUCCAAUUGGUACAUCGUUCGGGUGAAUUUAGUGCUCCCACCAAGAUGUCCUACCAUUGCACCCGUCCACAAGUAUUCAACCUAACUAAAACAGUUGAGGAUCCUGAAGUUGUGGGUACCGUUCGAGUGCACGAUGUUCAGGUGGAAGCUUUCCGCAGUUCGAAAUCGGCAGGAUUCUCAGCAGCCCGUGACUGUGACAGUUCGGGCACUUCGGAUGUGGCCCCUAUAGCUGUGGGCAUUGCUUUGGGAGCUUUAAUUUUGAUUGUUUUGAUCUCGUAUCUGUGUGCUCGUCGCCGUUCCUCAUCUCGUGGUUACAUGAGCUUCUAAGCCACACCAUCCAAAGGAGUAAUAGGCAAAAAGCAACAUCUUAUAUUAGAAUGGAAUUUUUUGGCAGAGAGUUACAAUUUGAGAAUGCUUUUGUGGGUAGGGGUUUUAUAGAAGGGAAUAUUCUGAUAUGAGAUUCUGUUUACAAAAAUUCUAUUUUUUUUUAUUUGUAACUUUAGAUUUUCAAAAAUUUUUAAUUUCAUUGAUAAGAAAAAAAAGGAACAAGAAAUAUAAAACAAAGACUAAUUGGCUUUCACAAAAGCAUUGCUAAAACGGGAGAAUAUUCUGAAAACUUCCAGAAAAAUGUAAUCAAACAUCAAAUUUAUCACUAAGAGUUUUAAGAAAUGAAACAAUUUUUGUUAUAAUCAGAAGUAAAAAAUUUAAAAAAAAAAAUUAAAAACAAAAACAUUGAUUAUUCUCCAAAAUGCAAUAAAUUUUUAUUUUCCCUGGCUAAUUUUCUUUUAGAAUCUGCGUUUAAAAGAUUUUUUUUUAUUUUUUGUUUUAAGUUUUUUUUUAAUUUUUAUUUUUUUUUCCUGUCUCCUUUUUGGUUAGCCAAAAUUUAUUAUAAUUUAAAAAUUUUUCUGCUUUCAUUAUUCUAACUUUUUUAUUAAUAUUAUUUUCUAUUGAUGUAUUAUUGUUUGUUUUAUAUAGAUUUUUUUUUAAUUUACUUUAUUCUCCUAGCUCAUGUUUAUCAUCAUCUUUUAGUAUUAAUUAAAAAUAUUUUUUUUUGUUUCUUUAAAAAUUUUCACCAGAAUCUGAAAAUUUGCUGUUUCAAUUUAAUGUUUAGUUAUUUUUAUCAAAAAAACAAAAUUUUUUCGGUUGCUGGAAAUAGUAAUGUGGAAUUAUUUUAAAAAUUUCUGUAAUGAUCUACCAUACAUGCAUACAUACGCAUCUACAUAUAAAUAUAUAUAUAUAGAAAUUUAAUUUUAAUAUUAUUAAUCAUGUACAAGAAAUGAUAUCAAUUUUUAAAUUGGCCUUAAUUUAAAAUCGAUUUAAUAAAAUAAAUAAAUAAAACCAAAAACCAA